AUGGCCGCCCCCCGCGGCCUCCUCGUCCUGCUCCAGGCGCUCGGGCUCGCCCUGGCGCAGAUCAGAGGUCCGCCCGGAGAGCGGGGCCCCCCGGGCCCCCCGGGGCCGCCGGGGAUGCCGGGAUCCGACGGCAUCGACGGUGACAAGGGGCCCCCUGGGAAGGCCGGCCCUCCGGGACCUAAGGGAGACCCUGGCAAAGCGGGGCCGGACGGGCCGGACGGGAAGCCCGGGAUUGACGGUCUCACUGGAGCCAAGGGGGAGCCUGGCCCCGUCGGCAUCCCUGGAGUGAAGGGCCAGCCCGGGCUCCCGGGUCCCCCCGGCCUGCCGGGCCCCGGCUUCGCUGGACCUCCUGGACCACCCGGACCUGUUGGCCUCCCUGGUGAGAUUGGAAUCACAGGCCCCAAGGGGGAUCCUGGACCGGAGGGACCGUCAGGGCCCCCGGGGCCCCCCGGGAAACCGGGCCGCCCCGGGACCAUCCAGGGCCUGGAAGGCAGCGCGGACUUCCUGUGUCCAACCAACUGUCCAGCGGGCGUGAAAGGCCCCCAGGGGCUGCAGGGCGUGAAGGGGCAUCCUGGGAAGCGCGGGGUCCUGGGGGAUCCCGGCCGCCUUGGGAAGCCGGGUCCCAAAGGAGACGUGGGUGCUUCCGGAGAGCAAGGCGUCCCUGGCCCCCCGGGUCCCCAGGGGGCCCGGGGCUACCCCGGCAUGGCGGGGCCCAAGGGAGAGACGGGUCCUCGUGGCUACAAAGGCAUGGUGGGCCCGGUGGGCUCCGCAGGCGCCCCGGGCGAGGAGGGCCCGCGGGGGCCCCCAGGCCGCGCCGGGGAGAAGGGCGACCUGGGAAGCCAAGGUGUUCGAGGGCCCCAGGGAGUAACGGGCCCGAAGGGAGCAGCGGGUCCCCCAGGCAUCGACGGCAAGGACGGGGCCCUCGGCAUACCUGGCAUGAAGGGCAGCGCAGGGCAGGCGGGGCGGCCAGGAAACCCAGGCCACCAGGGCCUCGCGGGUGUGCCAGGCCAGCCCGGGACAAAAGGAGGCCCAGGAGACAAGGGCGAGCCAGGCCAGCAGGGCUUCCCCGGAGUGUCCGGCCCCCCUGGGAAGGAGGGAGAGCCGGGGCCUCGAGGAGAGAUCGGUCCCCAGGGCAUCAUGGGGCAGAAGGGUGACCAGGGGGAGAGGGGGCCCGUGGGGCAGCCAGGCCCUCAGGGACGGCAGGGCCCCAAGGGGGAGCAGGGCCCCCCGGGAAUUCCGGGACCGCAAGGCCUGCCAGGCAUCAAGGGAGACAAGGGCUCCCCCGGGAAGGCCGGGCCCCGCGGCGGAGUGGGCGACCCGGGCGUGGCCGGCCUCCCCGGAGAGAAAGGCGAGAAGGGCGAGUCUGGCGAGCCGGGGCCCAAGGGACAGCAAGGAGUCCGCGGAGAAGCCGGCUACCGCGGGCCCAGCGGCGAUGCGGGCGCCCCCGGGGUGCAGGGCUUCCCCGGCCCCCCGGGCCCCCGAGGACUGGCCGGGAACCGCGGGGUGCCGGGGCUGCCGGGGCGCCAGGGCGUGGCGGGCCGGGACGCCAGUGACCAGCACAUCGUGGACGUGGUGCUGAAGAUGCUGCAAGAGCAACUGGCCGAGGUGGCUGUGAGUGCCAAGAGGGAAGCCCUGGGUGCCACCGGCAUGGUGGGCCUUCCAGGACCCCCUGGGCCUCCUGGUUACCCAGGCAAACAGGGACCUCAUGGGCAUCCUGGCCCUCGGGGCGUGCCUGGCAUCGUGGGAGCGGUGGGUCAGAUCGGCAACACGGGGCCCAAGGGAAAACGAGGAGAGAAGGGUGACCGGGGAGACGUGGGACGUGGGCACCCCGGGAUGCCCGGGCCCCCAGGGAUCCCAGGACUCCCUGGCCGGCCUGGCCAGGCCAUCAAUGGCAAAGACGGAGACCGCGGGUCCCCAGGAGCCCCUGGAGAGGGAGGCCGGCCCGGCCUGCCCGGCCCUGUGGGGCUGCCCGGGUUCUGUGAGCCCGCAGCCUGCCUCGGAGCCUCCGCCUACGCCUCUGCCCGCCUCACAGAGCCCGGGUCCAUCAAGGGCCCAUGA